AUGCCAGAAGUCCCGGAGAACAUGCAGGAUAAUAUCGCGCACCUCGAACACGAGGCCCGGAACCCCCACCACAACCAGUAUGAUCGUUCGCGUUACCCUGAACGAACUACCUCUGCGGUCGCUCAGGGUCAGGCUUCUCCAACCGCCGCCUACGAUUCCGCUCGUUUUGAGCAAGCCGCUGUCCACGACACUAUGGACGCCCCCAACUUUUCGCCAUUCCCAGUCCUGCGCAAUCCUCCACCUAACGUCCCCCCGACCGAUGAGCAGAGGGAGGUAAACUUGGAGAGGGCCCGCAUGGCCGUACUGUCGUCAAAUGAUCCUGAUAUGCAGUUGGCCUGGGCGCAGGAUGCGCUCGCCUAUGUGGAAGUUGCUAUGCAAAAUGAGGCUCGUCUGUCGUUGAUUCAGCCCCCGCGCCCUCAGACCCCUCCGGCGGAGCGGCAGCUGAAACUCGAUGCGAUGAAUAUCGUCAACUUUCUAGCGGAGCAAUAUCAUCCCAAGGCCGAAUUCAUCAAGGGAAUGUGGCUGGAGUUUGGCAAGUUUGGAUACCGCGUGGACAAGAAGGAAGCUUUCCGUGCCUAUUCGAGAGCUGCGGAGAAAGGCUACGCCAGAGCCGAGUAUCGUAUCGGCAUGCAGUUCGAGAGUUCGGGAGAGCCAGAGAAGGCUAUCAAGCAUUACGAGAAGGGAGUUGCGCUCGCAGACUCGGCUUCAUUCUACCGCCUGGGAAUGAUGAUCCUUCUUGGACAGCAUGGGCAACGCCAAGACUACCAAAUGGGUCUUAACUAUAUCAGCCUUGCUGCGCAGUCCUGCGACGAAAAUGCGCCUCAGGGAGCUUACGUUUACGGUAUGCUUUUGGCACGAGAGCUGCCGCAGGUAAACGUUCCUGAGCAGUUCUUGCCGCUGGAUCUGAAUGCUGCUCGCGUCAACAUCGAGAAGGCUGCUUACCAUGGGUUUGCUAAGGCCCAAGUCAAGAUGGGUGCGGCCUAUGAACUGUGCCAGCUUAGCUGUGAUUUUAACCCUGCAUUGUCCUUGCACUACAACGCGCUGGCUGCACGCCAAGGCGAGCCAGAAGCGGAGAUGGCUAUCAGCAAAUGGUUCCUCUGCGGCCAUGAGGGGGUCUUUGAAAAGAAUGAUGAAUUGGCGUUCAUGUAUGCUCAACGUGCGGCUCAAAGUGGGUUCCCCACCGCUGAGUUCGCCUUGGGAUAUUUCUACGAAGUCGGUAUCUUCGUUCCGGUGGAUAUCAAAGAAGCCAGGAGCUGGUAUGCCAAAGCUGCAGCAAAUGGAAACAAAGACGCGACCGGCCGGAUCGAUAGCAUCUCGCGCUCCAAGACCCUAUCGAGGAAGGAUCAUGAACAGGUUGCGAUUGCCCGGAUCAAGUCGACUCGCUAUGGCAAUGGCCCGCGAGGGCCCCCGAUGAAACCGCCUCAGGAGAAUCUCGAAAUGCCCGAUCCCUCCAGAAUGACUCUAUCAGAUAACCCACCUGCCGCGCCUGCUCCUUACCCUGACAGACCGGGAUCUCGUGCUCGACCUGUGUAUCCGCCAGGAUAUCCCAUGGGUGCGGACCCCCGGCCAAGUUCUGCAUUUGGAAUCAACCCGAAUAUUCGGUCGAACGCGCCGAACUACAACCGUGCUGCUUCGUACGGGCCUAGCGCCAUGGGAUACCGCUCACCAGGCCCCAGUACGCCAUCAACGACUAGCCCCACAAGCCCAGCGUCGGCGGCACCUAAACUCGAUAUUGGCUACUCAGCACCCCUCGAGAAUCCUCACCCCGAUGCUCGCAGACGUCCUCAGCGACUGGACAACAUGCCUCCCCCAGACAGGAGACCUGUGCGGGGCCCUGCUUCUCCCCACUCCCAGGGUGGACCGACGGGCUCUCCUAGGCCGCCUGCCUCGCCUUCCACCGCAUAUCCCCCACGGACUGAAUCCAUGCCGCCGCCCGGUGCUGCAGCGACGCCCCGGCCCUCAUCAUCAUCUGCUUCCACACCUAAGCCUCCUCCCUCAACUUCGACUCCCAAGCCUCCCUCCACGGCUUCAAGCACAUCUAGCCAAAAACCCGCACCCGCUAAACAGCAUGGUAACCUGCCAGGCAAGGGCCCCAAAACAUUCGAGGAGAUGGGUGUUCCGACUGUCCAGAAAGACAAUGAUUGCAUCGUCAUGUGA